AUGAGCAAUCCAACAGACACGGAAAACCACACCACACAAUCACCAUGGACUCUGUGGUACCACAGUCCAAGAAGUAAAAUUAAUGAACAAAAUUACAAAGCCUUUUUUACAAAAGUUAAAACGUUCAACACCGUGGAGGACUUUUGGCGAUUGUUUAACAAUGUACGAUCUCCAUCAUGCUUGCCAAUAGGUACAACAUAUUAUUUAAUGAGAGAUGGAAUUAAACCUGAAUGGGAGGAUCCACAAUGUAUUAAUGGAGGAGAAAUGGUUUUUAGUUUUACUAAAAAGUCUAGACAAGAAGCCGAUCAAUGGUGGUUAUUCUCAUGUAUAAUGUGUAUUGGAGAAAACUUUAUCGGAUUAGGCAAUAACAUUUGCGGUUGUAUUGUUGCAAACAGAAAGAGCAUGAUUAGAAUCAGUUUUUGGCUUGCUACUGAUGAAGAGGAGUAUGUGAAACGUUUGGAAGAUCAAUGCAAGAGUGUAUUUGAGAUUUUAAGUGCUGGUUCUACUCUGUUUAAAUUUGAUUUUAGGUCCUUUAGAGCUAACUUGUCAAAAAUUCAAGAUCAUAAAGAGUAA